AUGGAGCUUGCAAUGUUCAAUGUGAGUCAUGGCUUCACGGAGUCCGUGGUCCGUGGGCUGCGAUCUGGAUUCCUGGGCCCGGAGGACUACCGGCGGCUGGGUGCUUGCGAUACGCUGGAAGACAUGCGUAGUGCGCUGGAAGAGACGGACUACGGAACCUUUCUGCAAGAUGAGCCGUCGCCCUUGCUGGUGUCAACCAUCUCCAAGCGAUGUUACGACAAGCUUGCCGACGAGUUUCGCUACCUGAAAGCGCAAACGGUGGAGCCUUUGUCGACGUUCAUGGACUUCAUCGCCAGGGAAAAGAUGAUUGACAACGUUUGCAUGAUCAUCCAGGGCGCCCUCAACAACAAGGCACCAAAGGAACUCGAAGAGAAGGUUCAUCCUCUUGGAGUCUUCGAGGGCAUGAAGGUGAUCAUGUCGGAGAGCUUCGAUGUGCAAGGCGGCUUCGACGACGUCUAUCGCAUCUUCCUGGUGGAUACGCCCAUCGGCCCGUACUUUGAGGAGUACCUGAAGGAGGCAGACCACGACAAGGAUGAAAUGGCACCUGCAGGCAUCGAGACCUCCCAGGUCGGCGGCAUUCUGACCAAGCAGGACCUGGAGAUCAUGAAGCAAAGUCUCAAGAAGGCAUGGCUGGAGGACUUCUACAGCUUCGUGGAGAGCCAGGGCGGGACCACUGCAGAAGUGGCGCGGUUCAUGGACUUUUAG